GCCUUGGUUGAGUUGCUCCUCGAGAAAGGGGCCGACCUCAAUGCAACUGCCGGAUUUUUCGAGAAGGCCAUCUUCGCCGCCAUCCAGGGAGGUCAUCCGGAUAUCGUGGCACUACUGCUCCAAAAAGCACCGCUGACCAAACAUAUUCACCCUGAAUAUACAACGCCGUUGCAUCUUGCUUGCGCUAUUGGUAGCGGUGCAUCUGUCCGCAAGCUACUAGAGCACGGUGCAAAUGCCACUGUUCUAGAUGCAAAGGGUCGGACUCCGUUGACGAUAGCCCUUGAAGAGAAGAGGCAGAGACGUAUAAGCUUCGAACCCUCUCAGAUAGAAACACCUUUGGAAGUCAUUUUGAAGCUUGCAAACCCACUGCAUGUUCUCGAUGACGACCUCGUGGCGGCAGCUGAACUACUCUCCAGAGACGCGGAGAAGACGCUCGCUUCGCUUUUGGAUAUUGCCAAGGGCAUGGUAGUAUCUGAAGCAGUCAUAUGCCAUGUCCUCAAGCGCUCGUAUGCUGGCAACGAAAUCAUCAAGCGCCUUAUGCAGAGAAGUGGUGGCAUUGGAGUGACGGCCAAGAUGCUCGAAGCCGUUCAUUCUCAUUACGAUCUGAAAUACCUGCUUGAGCACAAACCGGUGUGCCGAAUCACGCCAGAGAUUCUCAAAUCCCAGAAACAGCUCAAGUGCAUGAAGCUUCUACUGGAUAUCGACCCUGAGACGCCUGUCACUAAAGAGGUCGUAUUCCGGGCACUAGAGAUCGGGAAUGACUUCGAUCGCAGGUACAGGAAGCACGAACAGGAAGGGAAGGACGUGCUAGAGACCCUCUUCGACCGCAGUCCAGAUAUCGCUGUUACCGAAGAGAUGGUGCAAGCAGCGCGCUGUGCAGCAGAUAUGGAGAUCCUGCUUAAACACCUGGAACCUGGUACGCGUAUCUCCACCGACGUGGUUGCAGCGAUAUCCAAGUUAGGGCUGGGAGAGGCAUAUCUGACGAUGCGUCCGCUGCUCAAGUUCGACCCCAGCAUUAGGCUAGAUCCUAAAAUGGCCCUCCAAAUGAUUGGAUAUGGCAACGGCAUCAACGUACUGGAGAUGCUCCUGGAGCAUGAUCCGUCGAUGCCAGUAACUGAGGAGAUGUUUCUGCAAAUCUUUGGACAAACAUUGAGGGAGUCUGAUGGGAAGGAGCUUGCGGACGUCAUGCACAAGUAUGGGACAAGUCUGGUGUUCACGGAUAAAGUGCGGGAAGUCAUUGAUCAUGCUUACCAAAACAAGAGUGAAGCCGCGAUAAAGAAGCGAUUUUACAGUUUAAGAAUGACUGACGAAGACGGCAUUGAGCCUGUAGGCGAAAGUAUGGAUGAGAAGACGCCUGAGAAGAGUGUUGGACGGAGCCAAAGUGACAGUGGCGACAAUGCCUAUGAGAUUAUCGAUGAAGACUGAUUUGGAGGAAGACGCUGAGCGCUUACGUUUAUCGAAGGUGCAUCCCCAGUUGCAUUUAAUUUAGUUUUAUACUGUUUGACUGCACGGCUGCCACUUGCUCUAUGCCUUGCUUUUCCGGCGAGCUAUUUCUCAAAAAAAGUAGCACUGGAAAAUCUAGUCAUUAGAACACUAGGUUAGGGG